CCCAGAAUGGACACUGCUAUGGAAGCCAACCUGGGUGCUGCUGGCCACGGUCCCCGCACAGAGCUCAGUGAUGAGGACUACUACCCUCAGGGCAGCUGGGACACAGUCUUUCUGGUGGCCUUGCUGCUCCUGGGACUGCCAGCCAAUGGGAUGAUGGCAUGGCUGGCUGGCUCACAGGCCCGGCACGGGGCUGGCACCAGAUUGGCCUUGCUCCUGCUCAGCCUGGCCCUCUCUGACUUCUUAUUCCUGGCAGCAGCGACUUUUCAAAUCCUGGAAAUCCAGCAUGGAGGGCACUGGCCGCUGGGCACUGCCGCCUGCCGCUUCUACUACUUCCUGUGGGGUGUGUCCUAUUCCUCCGGCCUCUUCCUAUUGACAGCCCUCAGCCUGGACCGCUGCUUGCUGGCGCUGUGCCCACGAUGGUACCCGGGGCGUCGUCCAGCCCGCCUGCCUCUCUGGGUGUGUGCUGGGGUGUGGGUGCUGGCUACACUCUUCAGUGUGCCCUGGUUGGUCUUCCCUGAGGCUGCUGUCUGGUGGUAUGACCUAGUCAUCUGCCUGGACUUCUGGGACACUGAGGAGCUGCCUCUGCGGAUGCUUGAGAUCUUGGGGGGCUUUCUGCCCUUCCUCUUGCUGCUGGUCUGCCAUGUUCUCACCCAAGCCACUGCUUGCAAGACCUGUUGUGGGCACCAACCUAGGCGCAUGGCCUGCCAGGGCUUUGCCCGUGUGGCCAAGACCAUUUUGUCAGCCUAUGUGGUCCUGAGGCUACCCUACCAGCUGGCACAGUUGUUCUAUCUGGCUUUCUUAUGGGAUGUCUACCCUGGCUACCUGCUCUGGGAAGCCCUGGUCUAUUCUGACUACCUGAUCCUGCUUAACAGCUGCCUGAGCCCCUUCCUAUGCCUGGCGGCCAGUGCUGACCUCCGGGCCCUGCUACGCACUGUGUUCUCCUCCUUUGCAGCUGCUGUCUGUGAGGAACGACCUGGAAACUUCACACCUGUAGAGUCACAGACCCAGGUGACCUCUGAGGGCUUGACUCUGCCAGGACCAACAGUUGAAGGCCAGUCAAGGUUGGAUCCUGUGGUCCAGCCUCAGGGGAAUCCCUCUGUCCAGCAACAGUCAGAUUCUGUGGUCCAGUCUGAGGUGAGCUCCUCAGUCCAGCCACAGUCAGAUUCUGUGGUCCAGCCUGAGGUGGACUCCCUGAUCCAGCCACCAAUGGACACUGUGGUUCAACUUGAGGUGAACCCUUUGACCCAGCCACAGUUGGAUCCCACGGCUCAACCUCAAGUAAACCCUUCAGCCCAACCACAAUCAAAUUAUGUGAUCCAACCGCAAGUGGACUCCCUGACCCAGUCACAACUGGAUCCUGUGGCCCAGUCACAGUCAAGCAUAGAGGCCCAGGCUCCUGCCUGUGGGGCUGAGUCAGCCUCUAACCCUGGUGAGGAAAAUUCCCCUAGUCCAUCCCCAGAUCCCACUCCUGGGGUUCCUGAGAAUGUAGACAGACCAGCUGUUCCCCAGGAAGAAAGUCCUAGCAAUGUCCCCCCAAAAGAAGCCCCCAGUGCAGGACCUACUUGAGUGACAGGAGGCCCAGGCCCACCAGGGCAGUAGAAGAAAUCAGAGAGAAAGCAGCUGGGCAGAGGUGGGAACAUGAAGAAACCCAGCAGUGAAAAACCCCAUUGAGUCCCUUGAGCUUGCUGGGAGGGCUGAGGGGAAGUGAAACCAGUCAGCCAAAAGUCCCAGGCAGGGUGCUGUGAAUGUCUCCACCCUGUUCUCACCAGGGUUUUUUGCAUUACUACCCCCAUCGCAUACAGACACCCAACAUCUUUGAGCCAGUGAGGAGGGUCCUGCUGGGUUCUAUCCUCCAGUCCCCCACAGUCCAUGAUUCCUUCCCCUUAUUGCCUCUAUCUGCCUGGAGGAAGAUAGUGUGAGACAUUUUCUCUGGGCUUGAACCGAUCUCUUUCUAAUCUUUCCCUAACUUUCCCCAUUCCUGUCUGGUUUUCUGGCUUGGGCACCCAACAAAAAAUUUCCUGUAGAGAAGGGAGGCUUCCAGGCGCCCACAGACUCUGGCAGUAGCCAAUCGGCCUGGCACAGUCAAGCUGUCUCCGAUGCUCGCCUACCCCCAGCACACAAAGCCUUGGACAGGAUUUCCCUAGUAAGGUGCAACCAAGAAUGAGGCAUCCAGGCAAGGGUCAGGAGCAGCCAGGCCUGGAUUCAAAUCCAGCUCUGUCAAGCCCUGGCUUGGGAAACCGCCAUGCUCCUGAGGGCCCUUUGAGGAUUACUUAAGAAAGUGAGUGUGGCGCAUGCUGGAGUCAAGCCCUGGCUUGGGAAACCGCCAUGCUCCUGAGGGCCCUUUGAGGAUUACUUAAGAAAGUGAGUGUGGCACAUGCUGGAGCCUGGCACACGGUGAGGCUCUGGGGCAGAUGCCACUGACAGAAAAAUGGCCCCCAGGGCCUGGGACUGCACGGCAGGAGGACAGCACCACCAUCUCACUGAAGUACCUGAGGU